UAAAAUAUCAAUUCUAAUCUCAUUUUGCAAUUGGCACUAUGACUCCAUUCACAGGCUUAUCCCUCCCUCCCAGGCUAGCUGUUUCAAACUCUUACUACUAUUCUAUGAUGGCCCCUUCUACUCCUCCAAUUGGAAUUGGAUUCGGAAUCGGAUAUGCAAAUUUCACCCUUCCACUCCAAGGAUGCCCAAUCCCCUCCUUUCUGCGUCUGCCUGCUGCUUCUUCUUUGCCAACCCCUUCAAGCUUCAACACAGGGACAGUGCUCCCCCGUUCCACAACCCUAAAUGCAAAGACGCUUACAUCAUUCACAGCGAAACGUAACAGAUUCUCUAUCCGUACAAUUAAAAAUAGUUCUUCAGACCCUACUAGCACUCCCUCUCCCUCUCCUCAAGCACAGAAGAUACCAUUUGGAUAUACAAGGAAAGAUGUUCUCGUAAUUGGACUGGGAGUUACUUUCCUUGGCAUUGCCUUAAAAGCUGGAUUAGAGUUUGUUGGAGUUGAUCCACUACAAGCAGGAAACGUGGUUCAACUGGUGCUAGUUCUGGGCCUCACAGUUGGAUGGAUCUCAACAUAUAUAUUCAGAGUUUCAAACAAGGAAAUGACAUAUGCUCAACAACUGCGUGACUAUGAAAGCAAAGUGAUGGAGAAACGGUUAGAGUCCCUAACAGAAGCAGAGCUAGAGGCUCUGCUUGAGGAAAUUGAGGAAGAGAAGAGACGCUAAGUUUGUGGGAAGCAGGUAACUUGUUUGUAUAUAUAAUAAUCUGAAAUCUUACCACUGUAACUGUAAAUGAAACAGAAUAUUCCAGUCUAUAUGGUCCCAGUUGAUUAGUUCAGUUCAGGAAAAAAAGGUUAGACAACUUGUUAAAA